AGACCUGGGUCGGCAGGUGACCGAUGAGUUAGCCGGCGAAGUGUGAAAGCUUGCUGAAUCUUUGAGAUGUGGAGAGCAACAACACACGUGCAUUCUGGCAUACGAUGUGUUGGAUUAAGGCCUGGUGGACGCAGACUGGCCACCAAGCCAUCAGCUCCAGGCAAAGGGACGCCCAGUGCUAGUCAAAAACCAAAGGCUAAUGUCCCCCCACCACAACCACCAACAUCAAAAUCGAGCCGUGUCCCUGCUUUACUGGGCGGAAUUGUCUUGUUGACUGGGGCUGGAGCUGGUGUCUACUGGUACGACCCAUCCAUUUUAGAUUGGGCCAAGGAAAAGUUGAACUUGACCUCCAGUCCAAGUGAAACUGUCGCGGAGAUAUGGCCACCAUCCAUCACAAAAAAAAAGCCUGUGGAACCAGUCCAGAAGGAUGAAAUGACAACAAAAGUCCAGGGGGAUGAAGUAACUAGAAAGACUCCAAAGAAUGAAAUAAAAACACCAGCACCAGAAAUCACAGUCACAGAAAAGAAAAGCUCGGCUGAUAUUGAACUAGCUGCAAAAAAGAAACAGGAAAAAGAAGAGAAAGAGAGAAAGAAGUUGGAAGAACAGUUGUUGAAGUUAGAACAAGAACAGUUGCGAGAAGCCAAGCAACAAACCGAAGAAAGAGAAAGAGAAAGAACGAGACUUGAAGAAGAAAAGAAACUAGCGGAAAAGGCAGCAGGCAUCACAGCUUUGAUAAAGAAGCUAGAUGGUCCUGUGGAAGAGGCCAACAGAUAUGUGAUGGAGGCUUUAGACACACAGAGUCAGGUGCUGGAGAAGAUCAAGGCACAUACACAAAGUCUAAAAAAGGCACUGGAUGAUAAAUCACCUAUAGAGGACAAGGAUGGCCAUUGGCAAAGUGUGGUGGAGGCCUCCCAAGCUUGGAAACAGAUGGCCAGUGUAUCUGAGGGGGUUGUCAACAAAGCCAGGGAAGAGCUGGACAAACUGAAUUCUGUCAUCCAGGAAGUGAAAGAGAGUGGUGAGGCGAAGGCCAGCAAAGCAGUAGGAAAAGCUGAGGAUCAUCUCAACACCCUCACUAGUAAGAUGGAGCAGAUGAUUGAAACGAUACAGAAAUGUGAAUCGGAGUAUAAAACAACAGAACAAUUUACGGAACUUAUCGAGAAGGGGAAAAUGCAGUUUCAGAGAGAGCUUCAAAGCCUGAUGCCGGAUAAAAAACUGGGAACAGGCAAAGGUAACACCCUUAGUGAAGAGGACCUAAAUGUUCUUAUUGGACAUGCCCAUGGGAGGAUAGAACAGCUACAACUACAGCUGGCAGAGCAGAUCGCUAUGGAGAAACAACGUUUUGAAGCAGCUCUAGAACAGCAGAAACGUGAAGAUGACCAAGUAGCUAACCUGACAAUUAGGAACGCUUUGGAGAAGAUGCAAGAACAGUAUGCUUUGGAGAAGGAAAAUUGGGCAUCUGAGGCACGUGAAGAGUACGAAAAAGAACUUCGACACAUGCUGGCGAUGCAGGCAGCAGCGCAUGUUGAUAAUUUAGAAAAGAAGUUGAUUGACCAAGAGAUUGAACUGUGUGAGCAGUUUGAUGACAAGAUUUUAGAAGAAGGCUAUAAAACACAGGUUGCUGGAUUUGAGGGCAGAUUGAAUGGCAUUGAGGCAGCUGUGGCAGCCCAGGCUGAGAAGGGGAAAGUUGCACAACAGGCCAAGAAGUUGUGGCUUGCAUGUCUAGCCCUCAAUGGUCUCAUACGUGUUGGUAACAAAGAUGGGCAGUCAUGGGAAGAAAAAGUCGUGCCCCUUGAUCAAAAGGUCAUGGCCAUUGCGGAAGCAUCAGGUCACCACCCAUUUGUUGCCACAGUGAUAAACACAAUUCCUGAGGAUGCAUUGACUCGUGGUGUCUGGACAGAGGAUAACCUCAUAGCUAGGUUUAGAGAUGUAAGGAAGAGGUGUCGGAGAGUUGCUCUCAUCAAAGAGUCGAAAAGCUCAUUGUUCACUUACUUCCUUUCCUACGUCCAAUCGUUUUUUAUCUUUUCGGAUGUGAAUCUAAAAACGGAGACGGCUAUCGUUGAUCCAAAAGACUUAAACACAUUUAAAAUAGUAGAUCAUGCACAAUUCUGGCUGAAGCAAGGAAACAUGGAAAUGGCUGUGCGAUUCAUGAAUCAGCUUGAAGGUCUGCCACGAGAGCUGGCAUCUGAUUGGAUAAGGGAAGGCAAGCUUCUCGUGGAAACCAAACAAGCUGCAGAAAGUAUCACCACGUUUGCCUCUGCCACGGGUCUUGGAGCCUUGUUUUAGUACAUUUAGAAUCAAUCAAUUAAAAGAAUUCAGAAGUGACAAAGUAUGUUGCCUGUUGGUUUUGCUUUCCUGGAAGGGUUCAUAAUUUUCUGUACAGACAUGGUAUCAUGUGCAAAGUGCUUUUCAUGACAGGCGCAGGUUUGUAAGUAGUUUGAUGUACAGAUUCCUUGUGUUAUGAAAAAAAGUUUGUCCUUGAACUUUGUAUACCACAUUUUGUUGUAUUCCUUCCCUCAGAGGUUAUUUCUGACUAUUAAAGGGACCUCUGUUUGACAACUUAUAGAAGCAUUAUUCUGUAAACAAAGAGAAUAAAAACAGUAUUUAAUGGCA